AUGUCCCAAUUGAAUCAACCUCAUAAUCCCUUGCUUCACCCACCCUUCUAUCUCAUCCCAGGCAUAUCUCCCAACUCUCCCAUCUCUCAACAGAUAGAACAGAUCGAUCAACUCAACACGCUACUCCUCCAAGAGAUCGAUGCCAAUUUCGCUCGGUUUCAUCAGAUCGUGACGACGAGGGUUUUGCCAGAGAUCAAACGGUUUGCCAUUGCUGGAGAACCUACUCGAGAUGCUGCCAAGUUCUGGCGUUCAUUCUUCGAAGCUGCAGCUGCAGUCCGUGCUACACCUUCUUCCGACUUAUCAACAUUAUCUCCUUCCAAUCAUUCUCAUCAAGCCUCUUACACCUCACACGAUCAAUCCCUACCUGAAGAUUCAUAUGCCGACAAUACGAUAGAUGGUUCUUUCAUGUUUCAAAAUGGACUCGUAACUUCAACUCCAAUGGCGAACGGUAAAAACGUUCACAGACAAGGUCCUUCGACCAGUUGGGAAGCUUCUAUCGAAUCACCUUUCGAUUCCAUCGAUAGAAGGUUACGUGAUGAUUUAAGACUUUCAGAAGAUAGAAGUGAUGAAAUGACAACUCCUUCUUUACCUUCUGGAUAUUCACUUCCUACACUUGAAAAACCUGAUCAACCUUCUCCUGAACAAUCUUCAACUGAAGAUACACCCACACCCAAAGCUGAGAGAAUAAGGACGAAUCCAUUUGGUCAAAAAUGGGAUGGAAUUGCAGAUUUACGUUCAACACCACUUACGGCUGGGAAAAUCAAGAAACAUUCAUCAAAGACGGAAAUGGGAAAGAAAGAAAAAGAUAAGAUCGGACAAUUCGAUUGGGAAGAAGAAACGGAUGAUGAUUUGAAAUUUAACAUGUCACCUCCUGUCACUAUGACAUUUGGAGGUUUACCACCACGUGUACAAGCUGCCGUUAAGAUCAGUCAAACACCUAGAAAACCUAGUGCUCAAAAUAAUCAAGAUAAAGAAAACGCGAUGAUGAUGUUGAAUGAUCUAAUGGAGGAGAUUAACGAAGUUUAUAAGCCUUCACCGCGUAUGUCAACUCCAGAAGGUUUGAGAAGAUAUUCAGUCGUACCUCCUAAUUCUCAAGGUCGACAACUCUUUCCUAGCACCACAACAACAUCAAAUCAACCAACAGACAAGUCGAGGUUGUCAGAAGGGAGGAUGAAAUAUAGGAAAUCGUUGGCAGGUGAUACCACAGCAGGAUCGGUCAUGAUGGCCGAUGGUAUUUAUACGGAUGAAGAUUCAGAUUUAGAGGAUGAAGGCGGUUCUUUCGAUACUAUCUCUGGUCCUUCCAUCGUAUCACACGAUCAACAAGGAUCAGGCGUUAUGGUAACGUACGACGAUUCAUUUUCUCUACUAGAAUCUCCACCUCAAUCAGGUGCGUAUCAGUAUCAUACGGGUACUGCAUCUGGGACAGAGGGUGAAGAUGUUAAUAUGGUUUUUGGUGGACCUAGAGCUGGGGCGCAGGAGAAAUUCGAAUUGAAGAAAAGGGAGGAGAUGAAUACUUACCAUGGUGGGAAGUUGGAAGAUGCGGCAGGGAUGGAUGUUGCUACUAGUCCUACGGCUGCUUUGGCGAGGAAAUGA